AUUCAACCCAGACCAGCUUAGCUGAGGUUUGUGCAAUCUGCCUCGAAGUCCUAGUGGAUGAAGACAACAUCCGGCAAUUGAAAUGCAAGCAUCUGUUCCAUAUAAGAUGCAUCGACCUUUGGUUCCAAAAACACCAUGUCAACUGCCCAUUAUGCAAGGCGAUACUCAUUCCAACCAGAGGAUGCGAUCCAGGACCGGCAGAAGCUCGUUAGGAGAAGAUAAAUGCGGGUGAGGUUUGGGUGCCGCGUACAAGCAGAAGAAAAGCAGCAAGGAUUUGUGAUACCGGGGUUCAGACAGCAAGAGAUGGAUACACGAAAGUCUUCUAAAUCGAGACUGUGACUUAGCAAAGUCGAUUUAGACUUCCCACAACGUACUCCACUAGUAAGUGCAACACUUACCAUGCAGUACCCACCCACAGGUAACACCCACCUACCGAUACUCUAUCAUCGAAUCAGCCAAUGAUCUCGCGCGCGAACGCGUAGAGGAGUACAAUACCAAGUUGGCGGUCUUCCAGGCCUUCUGCGCCAAGCUUGAAGAAGCUGCUUAACAAUUCACUACCGGACUGCAACGACGUUUCGCUUAACAGUUUG